UAAUUUUGCUGGCCGGCAGAGGAGGCGUUGUCCCACACUAAACGUCACCUUCAUUUAAUGCAGAAGCCGGCUAUCCUGGAAAAGGACAAAGGUUUCCCAGUCCUGUAACACUUACUGAAAACCAGUUAAUAUCAGAGAUUUGACUUUGCUGUUUGUGCUGAAAGUGCUUGUAAAUAGGGCUGUAUAAAAUGAUGAAGAACGGGCAUCAUGUGAGCAGCGCUCCGGCCUCCGCAGACUGCAGUCCGGAAAAGAGGAGGCGUACUGUCCGCGUUUGGUGCGAUGGAUGCUAUGACAUGGUCCAUUAUGGUCAUUCCAACCAACUUCGACAAGCCAAGGCUAUGGGGGACUAUCUCAUUGUGGGAGUGCAUACUGACGAUGACAUCACUCUCACUGUGGAUGGGAAAGACACAUAUGAAGAAGUGAAGAAGUCGGGAAGGUACAGAGAGUGCAAGAGAACCCAAGGUGUGUCCACUACAGACCUGGUCGGCCGCAUGCUGCUUAUGACCAAAGCUCAUCACAGCAACAUGGGCAGAUCAGACUAUCAACAACACACAGACAACUUUGGAAGAGGUCCUAAAGGCCACAGUCCCUGGACAGGAGUGUCACAGUUCUUGCAGACGUCCCAAAAAAUCAUCCAGUUUGCCUCAGGAAAGGAACCACAGCCAGGAGACACAAUUAUCUAUGUGGCUGGAGCUUUUGACCUAUUUCAUAUUGGCCAUGUGGAUUUCCUGGAUGCAGUGUCCCAGCUUUCAGAAAAGCCAUAUGUUAUUGUGGGCUUGCACUUUGAUCAGGAGGUAAAUCGUUACAAGGGGAAAAACUAUCCAAUAAUGAACAUCCAUGAGAGGACUCUGAGUGUGCUGGCCUGUCGAUAUGUCUCUGAGGUUGUUAUAGGAGCACCCUAUGCUGUCACAAAAGACUUAUUGGACCAUUUCAAGGUAGACCUGGUGUGCCAUGGAAAAACUGAAGUUUUUCCAGACAGAGAUGGAUCAGACCCAUAUGCUGUACCCAGGAAAAUGGGAAUAUUGCGAACAGUGGAUAGUGGAAACAGUCUUACCACUGAUGUCAUUGUGCAGAGGAUCAUCAAAAACAGGCUGCUGUUUGAGGCCAGAAACCAGAAAAAAGAGGCCAAAGAGAUGGCGGUAAUCCAGGCCAUGAAACGACGAGAAGAAGACAAGGCUAAAGAGAGAACGCAGGCUGUGCUGUAGGGAAGAAAAAAAGAUCAUCAGAGACUUACAAAACCCAGUACAUGCAGUUGACUUUUUUCUAAUGUGUCCAGAUUUUGGACUUACAUACCAUAAGAACACCAGCAGCUGAGAGCUCCUUUCAUUGAAGAAUUAGCAUGUGUUGUCUUGGGAGCAUCUGCUUUUGUGAACCACUCUCGCACUCUCCACCUGAAGGACCUAUUCAUCAUUUCUUGAAGGCAGUGAGCCAUUUCCAUCAGAUCUGUUUACUAAGUAAAGAAGAAGGCUGGAACUUGUCCUGCACUUUGCUGUGUGCAGGAUGUUGCCACUCUGGUGACCAACAUGACCUACGUGGCCUUUACCUCCACAUGUAACUCCAGAGUUAUUCUAACCUUUGCUUGGAAAUCAACACUCCUGAAGAUCUGAAUUCAUCAGAAGAGCACUACAGUCUUCUGUCCUAAAACACUGUAUUAAUUAUAAAGAUUUAAUAUUUAUCUGUCAUUAUUAAUGGCUAAUCCUCAUAUGAAGUAUUUUUCAUUGUAAUAUACAACAAAGUGAAUUGUUGUAUUAAAAAUAUAUGAAAAUAAUAGUUAA